AUGCACGACUUGUUCUCCACCACUUCCUCCUGCCGAAGCCACCGGUUUCCUCCGUCUCCAGACCACAGCAUCAUCGAAAUGGCCGCCGCCGCCGCCGGCGAUCACGAUGGAGCAGCAAGCCUUGCGACGUACUUCGGCAACGUGGAAGAGAUAACGGAAAAGCUGAACGAGGUGGAGCGGUUGAAGCUCAGUCUGAAGAGAUCUCACGAACAAGGCAAGACGCUUCACAAUGGCAAAGCCGUGAAGGACCUUCGCUUAGCCAUGGAAGCUGACGUGGCACUCGCUCUCGGGACCACGAAGCUCAUCAGGUUCCAGUUAGAGGCGCUCGAAAGCGCCAAUGCCGAUCACCGGAAACUCCCCGGCCGUGGACCGGGUUCGUCCUCCGACCGGUCCCGAACCUCUGCGGUGAUCGCUCUGAGGAAGAAGCUGAAGAUCUCCUUGGACGGCUUCAAUGAACUGCGUGAACAGAUAAACGGGGAACACCGUGAGACCGUUCAACGCCAAUAUUUCACCGUCACCGGCAAGAAUCCCGACGAUAAAACCCUCGACCUCUUGAUCUCUUCCGGUGAGAGUGAGAAUUUACUACAGAAAGCCAUUGAAGAGCAGGGUAAGGGAAGUAUUGAGGAGACUAUUAACGAAAUAGAAGAGAGGCAUGAUGGGAUUAAAGAGUUGGAGAACAACCUGAAAGAGUUGCAUCAGGUGUUCCUUGACAUGACAGCGCUGAUUCAAUCUCAAGGUGAGCAAUUGGAUGAUAUAGAGAACCACAUGGCGAGAGCAAACUCCUUCAUCAGGAACGGGACUCAGAAUCUGGAAACUGCAAGGAAGGGGCAGAAAAACUACCGGAAAUGGGGCUAUUGUGCUAUUAUCCUGCUUAUAGUGAUUGUCUUGUUUGUAGUGCUCUUUUUUGGUGCCCAAAGUUUAGAUGAUAUAAUUCUACAUCUGCUGCAAUCUGGGACACCAAAAGUUGUUUCUUCUGUAGGUAGAUUUUGGAAUUUCCUUUUACCAGUCAUAAUCUUUUGCUUUUAG